UCAAUUCCAGAUGCGUGAUUGUGAUUCCGAAGCUGUUUAUCUUCCUGGGAAUUGUAAUGGAAAUAAAUUAAAUAGACGUAUUGAAAUUCUCGAAAAUCUUCUUUCUGCAUCUGGUGAUGAUACGACUGCCACAACAAAUUCAUUAAGGCAAGCCCUACGCCGAAACAAAUCUGACAUGGCCGAUGAUACGACUAAAUCGCUGGAUGUACUUAGACAGGUAUUUCAACCUGACUUCAAUGAAGAAAUAAAGCAAGUUAUUGACCGCCAUCUCCGAACGACGUUUACUCCUGCUUUUGAAAAUUUGCGAAGGAACGGCCAUGAAGUAUCAGAAGAUGAUGUCAAUAAAUUGUGCAUUUCUAUUUUGGAUGGCGCCAAAACGUUAUUUGAUUCGCAACAGAAAGAAAGUGAGGAGGGAAACAGAAAAUGCGUUCCGGCAUAUACCGCUUUACUUAAACACAAUUUAUCUGAGUUACAAAUGCAAACUGAAAUGUCGCACUUAUAUGAUAGUGAUAAUGAAAGUGACGGAAGCUUGAUUAGUUACAAUUCUUCAUUACAAAACGCUCAUUCGUCUCUUUCAGACCGCCCAAAGAAGCGUGGUCGUCCCAAAAAGAUUGAUUUGGAUACGGGACGAAGUGGUACUCCAGUAAUGAAUGGAAGACAACCUAUAACACAUGCAGAAGCUUUAAAGGUAUUUGUCAAACUGAAAAUAUUUUUAAAUUUUUUUAAGUGGGAUCCAAAACGAUUUUCGAAUGAUUCUCCAUUUGUUCUUAUUUCCAAAUUGAAUAAACUGCUAGGAUUUACUUCUACACGUGGUCACUUGCUUGGAAAAUAUCCUCGAUUGUUUCGUUAUGUGGCAGAUGAGGAAGACAAGGCAUGGUUAUUUCAAAGAAACGUUACAAAACGCAUAAGUGGCAAAGUUUUUCUAUCAUCUCUAGAGGAUGCUUUGGAAAUUGCAGCAAAAGAAGGAGCACAGACUCAAAUAAGAAACGAAUUACAACGUGUUAGCUUCCUGGUACCUGAUAUGCUCAUACAAAAAAUUAAAACAAAGAUGACUACACCAUUUGAACAACUUAAAAACCGAGUGAUUCUCACUUCCAAUCAACAACUUGAAGCAACUAAUGUUACUAUGCCACCAACGUUUAUACCAGCUUUUACUAUUUAG